GAUCAAACCAAAAAUGGAGAGAUCCGUUUCCUUUAAUCCUCGAUGCGAUAACGAGCUCCCGAAUGAUCGGAGCAGCGAUGUCGGAUACACUGCUAAUGACCGGAGGCUUGCUUACUCCCGCUCCUUUCAGCAAUCACACGGUCCACGAACUCCGGCGUUCACUGAGGCGGCUAAGCCUUUUCUCGAUAGGACAGUCUCUAGCAUCGACAUGCCGCCGGAGAUUUACUCCGUCGACGGAAAUGAUUUGGUUUUCGGGGAAGGGCAAGAAUUAGAUAUGGGAAAAGGGUCUGUUUUGGAUUUGGUUUGGGAGAUUUUUGGAGUAGUGAGAAGUGGGAAUAGGCAGAUGAGGAGGCUGUUUCUGCUGAUUGCGCUUAAUGUGUUGUAUUCCACUACUGAGCUCUCUAUUGGUCUCUUCACUGGGCGUGUAGGUUUGGUCUCCGAUGCAUUCCAUCUGACAUUUGGUUGUGGGCUCUUGACAUUUUCAUUAUUUGCAAUGGCAACUUCAAGGAAGAAGCCUGAUCAUGCUUACUCAUACGGGUACAAACGACUUGAAGUUUUAUCUGCUUUCACUAAUGCUCUGUUCCUUAUGUUCAUGUCAUUCUCCUUAGCUGUGGAAGCUCUUCAUGCUUUUAUACAAGAUGAAUCAGAGCACAAGCAUUAUUUGAUUGUAUCAGCGGUAACAAAUCUGCUGGUGAACCUACUAGGUGUUUGGUUCUUCCGGAGUUAUGCUCGUGUAAAUAUUGUCUACAGAAAAGCAGAAGAUAUGAAUUACCACUCGGUUUGCUUGCACGUCAUAUCAGAUUCUAUCCGCAGUGCAGGUUUGAUACUGGCAUCUUGGCUCCUCUCUCUCGGGGUUGAAAAUGCAGAGGUCCUAUGUUUAGGAUUGGUAUCAGUUACAGUGUUUAUGCUUGUUAUGCCACUCUUCAAAGCGACUGGCGGUAUCUUGCUUCAGAUGGCACCCCCAAACAUUCCUGCUUCUGCAUUAAGCAAAUGCUUGCGACAGAUUACUUCUCGAGAAGAUGUCACAGAGGUUUUAGAGGCACGUUUCUGGGAGGUUGUACCUGGUCACACUGUCGGCUCACUCAGACUCCAGGUGAAGAGUGGAAUAGAUGAAAGGCCAUUACUGCAAUAUGUGUAUGAUGUAUACCAUGAUUUGGGUGUACAAGACUUGACCUUGCAAACUGAUGACACCUAAGCUGCAUCUGCCUCUUCUUUGUUUUUGAAUACUGAUCUGAGGAGAUUGGAUGUAUACUAGAGAUAAUGUUUCUAUACGGAAAUAUAUCUUGGUUUCAAGUUGUGACUUUGUUGUUGCAAUCACAUUUUGAAUGUAUGUUUCCAUUUGUGUCGUUUGAACCACACAUGGACCACAGUAUUUGUAUCUUUCAAGUUUGUGGAUAUUUUGGCUAAUUGCAAAUGCAAUGAUUUUUUUAUAAACAAA